CCACCUUUCCCAGACGAUGGCCACAGCGCGGAUCGACGUCGUCGCCGGCUUCAACCGCGCAGUCGAAGCGAUCGGCGACGGCGGCCGCCACUGCUUCACCGCCGAGUACGACGAUAGCGUUGACCCGAUGCUGCGCGUCCGGGGCGUCAACCAGCGCCUCACGUGGCCAUUCUCGGCGCGCCAGGCCAAGCAGCUCUUUGCACUCUACAAGAAAUCGCCGGCGUGCAUGAUUCCAGCGUUGGACCUCACAAUCAAGAACGACGUGGCGUGGGACGAGCUCCUCGAGGACGACAUCUUUCCGCGCAUCGAAGAGGAGCUUGUGCCGGAAGGGCCGUUCGAAGCGGUGCUGUCCCAUCUGCACAUUGACAGCAAUGGCACGACCGCCAAGCUCCUUCCGACGAACCGCGCGAAGGGAUCGUUUGGCACGCUCUGCGUCGUGCUCCUCUCUGAGCACGUCGGCGGCGACAUCCAUGUGACCCACGGCCGCCACACGCAGGAAGUGUACACGGGCGACGAGCUCUACGCGUCGUUUGUAGCAUUUUACAACGCCACGACCCUCACAGUAUCGCCCAUGGACCACGGACGCCGCGUCAUGCUGGUCUACGAUCUGGUCUACAUGGAAGACCACGCGAGUCGUGACGCGCCGCCGUCGCUCUCGGCGGUCACGACGUCGCUGGCGUCGCUUGCGACGAUCCCGCGCCAGUACUAUGCCAACCUCGCGUACCGCUGCACGCACCAGUACAUGCUCCUCGACUUUGAAAUGCUCUUGGGCGUCGACCUUGCGUUUGUGCAGGCCGUCGCCGACACGGACGUGUACGACAUUGCGUUUGUCGGCGCGCGGAAGAAGCCGUACCAUGGCGACUUGACGACCAUGUCGGAAGAAGAGCUCGAGCGCGACCGAGCGAUCGCCGAAGACCCAAACGCUCUCAUGCGCGUGACGACGUCCGACUUUUACCCUGGAUGCAACACGCCACCGGUGGUCAAGGCGUGCCUCCGCGCGCGACCGCUCGGCCCCGUCGUCGGCGCGAUCUACUCGGAGUCGCUUCACAUUGUCGUUUGGCCCAAGCAACACCGGGUGCGCAUUCUCGGUUGGGCCAAGGCCAUCGAGCACCUCAAGCUGCUCGUGAAGCAGUCGACGUCCGACCUCCUCGGGUACGCCUCGACCGACGCCUUUGCACUGGCGACCAUCGAGAUGCUGGGCAUCAACGACCGCAAGGACGACCCGAAGAACGUGGAUGUUCCGACACCGCUCGACGUCCUUCCGCUGCUGACGGACCUCGACAACCUCGACGUCACGGCCACGUUCAUUGCCGACUUUAUGGACUUGUCGGCCGGCAUCGAGUCGACGGCGGCAUUUGUGCGCGCGUCGCUGACCCGCUUUGGGUGGGAGCCGCUGCAGCCGUCGAUGGUGGCGUUCAUGGCGCGCGCCAGCAGCGAAUGGCGCGGACUCGCCGACGUCUUUCGACUGCUCGUCAACCUCGCGGGCUAUGUGUUUACACAUCCGGACGCGAUUGAGCUGCCGAUUUGCGACUCGUACAAGGCGCCGUGGAGCCUCGAGCUUAUAAAGACGUGCUGGCACACGCUGGUUGAAGGCAUGGCGGCGCUCGACGACCUCCCGCCGUCCGUCGAUGUCCUCACGGUGCUCGAGCCGUUGGGGUGCCAGGACCUCCUCACGAACGCGAUCGUUGUCCAGGCGUACCUCGAGCAAACAACGACGUCGCCGGUCCACGGCGCCUUUUUGCGCGGGAAGCUGCCGCCGUCGCUGCUUCGGUGCGUCGAUUCGUACCUGUACCCGACGUCGCUGCUAGACGUCGUGCGCGCCAAGCCAAUAAUCUUCCACCCGGUCAACCUCGUCGCACCGACGAUCCACGCACUCUUGCAGCGCCGGGACAUUGCGCCGACGAUCUCGCUUCGCGCCUACAUGCAGCUCGCAUGGCGCGGGUACUUGGCCACAAGCCCUCGCCGCAUCUACAUGCUGCCGCUCGCGGGUAUUCUGAGCUGCGCCGCCAACGAAGUCAAGCUCAGUCGACUGCUCCAUGGUGCAUACGAGCGCCACGGUGUUGUGCUCGCCCCGGCCCUCGCCGACUACCUCGCGUUGGCACCCCUUGUCCGCGAGGCGGAUGCCGAUGCCAUGUGUGCUGCAGUCAUGCUCACGGUCGAGGCCAUGUCAAGCCAACAAGCGCAAGACCGGUUCUACAUUGUCAACGGAGCCAUGGCAGUCUUUGGCUGCCUGCGCCGCCCGGCGGCCAUGGCCGAGGCAGUCGCGUCGAUCGUACGACAGUUUUACCAUCCGCCGGCGUCCCUCGAAGCCGUUCGGUUGAUCUGGUACACGCUCUUCAAGCAGGUCCACGCGUCGUUUCCCGACGAGGUGGACGUACUGAAGCGGCUCGUGACCAUGUGCCUUCCGCCGCUGCGCGCGCAUUUGGCGUCCACCCCGGCGCCGGUCGCGCCCAACUUUGCGAAUCCGUUCUUAUUCGUGCCCUGCUCGUGCACACAAUGCAGCGAGAUCCAAGCCUUCUUGCGCGACGGGUCGGCCUCGGACUUCGAAGCGACGUACGUCCAGCCCUGCGCCAAGUUUACAGCGUACGCCGCGUCGAUGGCGUCAAAUCCGCGCGUUGACAUUCAAAUCUUUGGCGACAAUACCGUUGCGAUUGAGAAGGCCGGGCACCGCGAGGUCGCCGACCGGAAAAUGGACGAAGCGUCGGUCGCGCACCUCGAGGCCGUGGCCGCGCGGCUCGGGCUCACCAAGCCGUCGAGUUGAACCAGUGGCCUUGCUAACACGACUGAGUUAUGAGCGGAACGGUUUGUAAGCGCGUUUGGCGGGUCGUGUCAAUACAUUAAACGGAUGAUUA